CAGUGAACAGACCAUAGUGAAAAAGAAGUGGCUGGCGCAACUACCUUUACCGCCUGGAUUUUUAAAAGGUGGGCAGGAGAAAGAUGAGGAAAAUUUGAUGUCGAACGUAGACCCGGAGUUGGUAAAACAGAUACAGAUUAUGAGGAAGUUAGCGGGUACAACAGUCAUCGCAGAUCACAUUUGGGAAGAGGACCUCUCCGACGAACAAGUCUAUGAGAAAGAACGCUCGAAAGAUUGGGAUGGUGAUACAACUUAUGGUGGUAGUGCUUCAGUUUUAGAUUACAAUUUGGAUUUGGAUUUGGAUGAAAGUGCACACGUCGAUGAUCGAGGGUCUGGAGAGGAAGAGAGCAUGAUUCUCCUAGCUCCCAGAUCGAUAGUCGCAGUGGGAAGGAUUCCGGUGACUCAGAUCCAGAUAAUGCCCGUCGCAGAAAAUGGCCAGAAUUUGUACCGGACAUCACCGCUUGGGACCGUGCUAUAA